CACUGCGCGUGAACAAAACAGGACGCAGAAAAACAAGAUGGCGUUUGACGGAGACGACGUUAUUGUGGUUAUUAUAGUGCUGUGUUUAUAACCAACACCUACAUGUGCACAUUUACGCUGUUUAGUAGAGUAGACAUCGUUAAUAUGUGUUUAUUUGUCGGAUACAUUAGUCUAAGCGGACUCAAUCAAUCGAUGACGCUUUCCGCGCUAACUUAGCGUGCUAGUUAGCUUAGCGUGUUAGCCGCUAACAAAGACGGGCGGAAGUGAUCAAAACACAUCGCUAAGCAGAGAUCAAGUGUGAGUGUAAAGUGUUGUGAUUGUGUGAAAAAUGUGCGAAAGAACCAUAGCAGAGUACGAGGAGGAACUUUGUCCAACAAAAGAGAAGGAGCGACAACAUCAACUACUGGACGCUGUUUUCAAGAAACAUCAAGUUGUGUUACAUAGAACAGCAGACAUCCAGCAGCGCCCUCACAUUAAAGAAGAAGAAGAGGGGGAGCCAAAGCCCCCACAUAUUAAAGAGGCAGAGGAAGAACUCUCGAUCACUCAGGCGGGAGAGUGUCUUCCAAAGCAGGAGGAGGCUGAUCUCAGCAAGUUUCCACUGACUGUUGUCUCUGUGAAGACUAAAGAGCAUGAAGACAAACCACCUGAGUCCUCACAGCUUCAUCACAGUCCAAACGUCUGUGAGGACCAUCUUCUCCCUGAGCAGCAGGAGUGGACCUCAAAUAUGGAGCAAAAGCAACACUACAUUAAAGAGGAGGAGGAGGAGCCACAUAUAUCUUACAUUAAGGAAGAAAAAGAACCACAGCUCUCCCUCACUAAACAGACAAAGAGGAUCCAUAUUCCCAUCCACAUUAAGGAGGAAGAGGAGGAACACAGCAUCAGUCAGGAGGGAGAGCAUCUUGAACGGUUGGAGGAGUUCCCAGUAACUGGUGUCCCUGUGAAGAGUGAAGAUGAUGAGGUCAAAUGGUUGGAGGAGUUCCCAGUGACUGGUGUCCCUGUGAAGAGUGAAGAUGAUGAGGUCAACUGGUUGGAGGAGUUCCCAGUGACUGGUGUCCCUGUGAAGAGUGAAGAUGAUGAGGUCAAAUGGUUGGAGGAGUUCCCAGUGACUGGUGUCCCUGUGAAGAGUGAAGAUGAUGAGUUCAAAUGGUUGGAGGAGUUCCCAGUGACUGGUGUCCCUGUGAAGAGUGAAGAUGAUGAGGUCAAACAGUCGGAGGAGUUCCCAGUGACUGGUGUCCCUGUGAAGAGUGAAGAUGAUGAGGUCAAAUGGUUGGAGGAGUUCCCAGUCACUGGUGUCCCUGUGAAGAGUGAAGAUGAUGAGGUCAAAUGGUUGGAGGAGUUCCCAGUGACUGGUGUCCCUGUGAAGAGUGAAGAUGAUGAGGUCAAAUGGUUGGAGGAGUUCCCAGUGACAGGUGUCCCUGUGAAGAGUGAAGAUGAUGAGGUCAAAUGGUUGGAGGAGUUCCCAGGGACUGGUGUCCCUGUGAAGAGUGAAGAUGAUGAGGUCAAACAGUCGGAGGAGUUCCCAGUGACUGGUGUCCCUGUGAAGAGUGACGAUGAUGAGGUCAAAGGUGAGAGUGAGGAGCAGAGAGAGGCGGAGUCUCCAAGCAGCAGAUCAACUCCACACAUGACAACAGAAGCUGAUGGAGACCACUAUGGAGGAUCACAAGCAGACAAGCUCUUAGCUCCACUAUCAGAUAGUGAGGACACAACGUCACACUCUCCUGACACUGAUGAUGAAGACUCUAAAGAUGAUAAGACAUGUCACACUGACAACACACACUUUGCGUGUCCUCACUGCGACAAAACCUUUAAGUACCAUUGUUAUCUGAAAGAACACAUGAGAAUGCACACCGGGGAAAAACCUUUUAUCUGUUUAAACUGUGGUAAAGGUUUUGCACAAAGGCGCGAUUUGAAAAGACACGCGAGGACGCACACUGGAGAAAAACCGUAUUCCUGCUCGAGCUGCAACAAAGUCUUUUCUCACCGAUCAACACUCGUAAAGCACACAAGAAUACACACUGGAGAAAAACCUUUUUCCUGUUCGGUCUGCGGCAAAGGUUUUGCACUAAUUCAAUAUUUGAAAAGGCACACGAGAAGACACACCGGAGAAAAAACGUUUUCCUGUUCAAGCUGCAACGCAAUCUUUUCUGAGCGACCACCACCUGGAACACUCUCUGGAGAAAAAACUGUUACAUGUUCAAACUGCAACACAAGCUUUUGUGACCAAGCAAACUUUGUAGCACACAUGCGAAUAUACACAGCAGAAAACCCCUUUUCCUGUUCUAUCUGCGGUAAGGGCUUUACUCGGAGUUACCAGUUGAAUACGCACAUGAGAACGCACACCGGAGAGAAACCUUUUUCCUGUUCUACCUGCGGAAAAGAUUUUACCCAAAAGCAGCAUUUGAAAACACACGCCAGCACACACACUGGAGAUAAACCUUUUUCCUGCUUAGAAUGCGGUAAAGGUUUUGUACGAAAACAUAGUUUGAAGGAACACGUUAGAACACACACUUGAGGAAAAAAACGUCUUCCUGCUUAGAACGUAGUAGAGAUUUUGGACCAAAAAAAAGGUGUAACAAUACGGGAGAAAAACAUUUAUCUUGCGAGAAGGAAUUUGUACAAAGAACGCACUUUAGAGUAUAUGUUAGAAUGCACAUUGGAAAAAAAAAAAAACAUUUUCCGGUUCAAUCUAUUGUAAAGGUUUUGGUCGAAGUCAAUAUUUGUAAAGAUUUGUGAGAAAAGUGUUCAGCUGCGGUGUGUGAACUGUCGACACUUUGACUUUCUAACAACAUCAGCACAUGUGACAGGUGUGACAUCAUUGUUGUGAAACGCAAUCUUGUUAUUCAUUUAUUUACAAUUUCAACAUAUAUACAGUUUCAAAAUGACGCUUCAUUUUAUAUUAUCUUCAUAACAUGUCUAAAAAGUAGUACAAAAAGCUGUUUUUUUUAAGUCCACCCUUUUUUACAAUUCAUCAAUCAAUGUUUAUUUAUAUAGCCUCAAAUCACAAAUGUCUCAAAGGACUGCACAAAUCAUUACGACUACAACAUCCUCGGAAGAACCCACAAUUUACAAUUCAUAACAAAUUACUUACACAUUUCAAUCAAUCAAUGUUUAUUUAUACAGCCCUAAAUCACAAUAUGCGUUACAAAUAUGUCAUUGACAAAAUGAUCCAACCCCAUAGUUCCAUGCAUCUUUAGUACUUAGUAGAGCACCCUUUGGCAGUAAUGACAUCCUUCAAAGGUGAUACAUAAGCGGACACAAGCUUCUUGCAAGCAUCUACAGCUAUUUUAGCCCAUUCCUCUUGGGCAAAGGCCUCCAGUUCAUUCAUAUUCUUGGGCUUGUGUGCUGCAACUGCCUUCUUCAAGUCCCACCACAGCUUUUCUAGAGGAUUUAGGUUUGGCGACUGUGAAGGCCACUCCAGAGUCUUCCAGCCCUUCUUCUGCAACCACUCUGAUGUUGAUUUGGAGGUAUGCUUGGGAUCCUUGUCCAACGUCUCCCAAGCCUCAGCUUCGUCACUGACUUCAUGACAUUUGCAGCUAAUAUAUCCUGCUAGGAAAUAGAAUUCAUAAUGCCUUGAACGCGCUGGAGAUUCCCGGUACCUGAGGCAGAGAAACAGCCCCAGAGCAUGAUUGACCCACCACCAUGCUUAACAGUAGGAAAGGUGUUCUUCUCUUUGUAAGCUUCAUCUUUUCCCCUCAAGACAUAACGUUGAUUCAUAGGCCCAAAGAGUUGCAGUUUUGUCUCAUCACUCCAUAGAACAGUUUCCCAAAACCUUUGGAGUUUGUCCAGAUGAUUUUUGGCAUACUGGAGUCAAUUUUCCUUGUGCCUGGUAGUCAGAAGUGGGGUGCGCCUGGGAGUUCUGGCAUGGAGGCCUUCAUCUCGUAUUGCGCGCCUUAUUGUCUGGAACGAAACCUGCGUUCCCCCCUCUGCAAUGUCCUGUUGUAGUUCCUCAGCUGCUUCCCGGGGGUUUUUCACCACUGUACUCACACAGCAUCCUCUUUCUACCACGCCCAGGUAGUGUUUCCACUGUGCCUUUAGCUUUAAACUUGCAAAUUAUGCUCCCAACUGUGUCUCUUGGAAUGUGUAAUGUCUUUGCUAUUUUCUUAUAUCCAUAUCCUUUCUUAUGAAGAGAAAUGACCUCCUCUCUUGACUUCUUUGACCACUCCCUGGACUUCACCAUGUUGCAAAUACACCAUUGACCAUCUACAAGAAGCUGAGCGUCACAGUCUUUUUCAGUUUAAUUGUUGCUCGUUAUGGUUCUAAUCACACUUACAGGUGUUUUCAACACCUGAUUGAAAAGACCUUAUUCAAAUUCUGUUCUUUAGAGUUAUGAUCUUCAAGGGGUUGAAUAAUUUUGUCAAUGAGAUAUUAAGAGAAAUGACACUGUUUGGUAUGUUACAAAAUAUAAUGUUGUAAUUCAAGUUGCAUUUGUCCAUUUAUUGCAUCUUUAUUUGAUAUGACUAUAAUCUAUGUCCAACUUGCUAAAAACACCAAAAUUGUGUGGGGGUUGAAUAAUUUUGAUCACAACUGUAUCGCCCAGCCCUACUUUGAACAAUUUCUUAAAUUGGAUCAUAUCAGCACAUCGUUUCACUUCUUUGCUUUCCAUAUUCCAUAUUUUAAUUCCACAUACUGAUAUGCUGAAAGUUUUAUAUUGUACGUGCGUGCACAUGUUUUAAAUUCUAUUUUUCUCUAAGGUUAUAUUUCUCUUCUUUUGUUGAGAAGAAAUAUUGUACUUUCUUGGGAAGCAGGUUAUAGUUUGCUCUUUGCAUCAUUUUAGCUGUUUGCACCAAAUCACUGAAAUUAAAUAUUUUUCAUUUGAUAAA